CCCUGCGGGACGCCGGACACCGGAGCAACGGGGGCGCCCGCGCAGCUCCCCCCAGACAAGGUAACACAGGUGAGGCCGCACUCACGCCCCUCACAGUCCAAAUGUUCUCUACCUGGAACAGGCCAAUAUUCCUGUCCUUUCACGAAGACCUGGCACCCACCACAGCUUAUUUCAGCGCUGAAAUGCUCAACAGCACCUCCCAGGUCCACCCGCCUUCCCUCAACGAGACAUCCUCGCAGGGCAGCAGCUGCUUCUCCUCCGAGCUGUGGGGCUGGCUCAACACCAUCCAGGCCCCCUUCCUCUGGGUGCUGUUCGUGCUGACGGUGCUCGAGAACACCUUUGUCCUCAGCGUCUUCUGCCUGCACAAGAGCAGGUGCACGGUGGCCGAGAUCUACCUGGGCAACCUGGCCCUGGCCGACCUGAUCCUGGCCUGCGGGCUGCCCUUCUGGGCCGUCACCAUUGCCAACAACUUCGACUGGCUCUUCGGGGAGGCCCUGUGCCGCAUGGUGAACACCAUGACCUACAUGAACCUGUACAGCAGCAUCUGCUUCCUCAUGCUCGUGAGCAUCGACCGCUACCUGGCCCUGGUGAAAACCAUGUCCGUGGGCCGGACGCGCGGCGUGCGCUGGGCCAAGCUCUACAGCCUGGUGAUCUGGGGGUGCGCCCUGCUCCUGAGCUCGCCCAUGCUGGCCUUCCGGACCAUGAAGAACUACAGGGACGAGGGCUACAACGUCACGGCCUGCGUCAUCACCUACCCGUCCCGCGUCUGGGAGGUGUUCACCAACAUGCUCCUGAACCUCGUGGGCUUCCUCCUGCCCCUGAGCGUCAUCACCUUCUGCACCGUGCAGAUCAUGCAGGCGCUGCGCAACAACGAGAUGCAGAAGUUCAAGGAGAUGCAGACGGAGAGGAAGGCCACGGUGCUGGUCCUGGCCGUGCUGCUGCUGUUCAUCGUGUGCUGGCUGCCCUUCCAGGUCAGCACCUUCCUGGACACGCUCCUGCGCCUGGGGGUCCUGUCCGGCUGCUGGGACGAGCACGUCGUGGACGUGUUCACGCAGAUCGCCACCUACGUGGCCUACAGCAACAGCUGCCUCAACCCGCUGGUGUACGCCGUCGUGGGCAAGCGCUUCCGCAAGAAGUCCCGGGAGGUGUACCAGCGACUGUGCCAGAAGGGGGGCUGCGUGGCGCGGCCCAGCCCGGUGGAGAACUCCAUGGGCACGCUGCGCACCUCCAUCUCCGUGGACCGGCAGAUCCACAAGCUGGGCGGGGCGGGGACCAGCCAGUGAGGGGGCGCGGCGGGGGCCACUGUGAAUGUGUGUGAGGUUCGUGGACGGGUGCUCCCCGCGAUGUGCCCACCUAGGAAUGGCCGUCAUCCCUCGCGUGACCUUGGUCAACGGGUCGGCGCCUGCAGGGGACGCAGGAGCGUGAUUCCGGCCCUGCCCCGGGUUGCAGUGAGCACAGCUGUGAGUCUGGGGUGACCCCGUGCACCCCCAAGAGCUCCAUGGACAUGACAGCAUUAGUAGCAUUCUUAUUGGCUCCCACCCCUGGGCCAGUCGGCUCCUUCCCAGCAGUGGAGGGGACCUGGGAGCAGGGACAGGGGUGACUGAGCUGUCCUCCCACCUGGCGUCCCCCUGCCCCAGCGUGACAGCUUGGAUCCGGAAGAGCCACCACCGCAGCUCGCCGAGUCUGGCUGAGCUUUUGCCGAGUCUCUUUAACCCGCUCGGCUAGGGCUGCGGAGGAUGAUUUCUCAGAUGGAUGAAGGUGAACCUCUGAGGGCCCUGGUAAGGCCCUGGGGAUCAGGAUUCUGUCACUCCCUUAGCCAAUGGACAAGGUGGCAGGUGCCCAAGAAGAACCCAACCCAGCACCUGCUGUAUGCGCAGCGUUGAGCACUGCGGACGACAGGGAGGAGAGAGAAAGCAGCCUCUGUCCUGCAGGGACCCGCAAGCUCGCGCGGGGACCGCUGAGCACUCGGCCACCGGCAGGCUGUCCUACGACGUGGUCACCCAGAGCCCGCGGGCGGCGCCCAGCAGAGGGGUGAGGAGCCUGCGCCCCAGCUCCCCGACAGCCAGUUCCACGUCGCCGUGUUCCUGCCUCAGUUUCCUCCUCUGUGACCUCAGGUUGUGAGGGUUAAAGGAGGGAACCAGCAUAGAAGGACUUUGAAGAACCAACGGUGCUAUGAAACUGUGAGGUGUUAUCACGCACACAGAGCGGGGUCUGGGGAAGGCAGAACCUGGAGGGCCAGCGGGGUCUGCGGCCAAGAGCCCACAGAUCCUGGCCGACCCAGCUCCAGACUUUAAAACGGGAAGGGUUCCCUCCCCAUCCCAGCUUUCCCCCCGCCAGCCACAGCCCCCUGCCCCGGGGCACACACCCACUUGCAGCUGGAAAGACGAAACGGGGGCAAGAAGGAGCCACCAUUCGGUGUUGGAAUGAAGCUAAACUCGCACG